AUGACAAAUGCUCGACCUAAAGAUAUUUUACCUCCCCGUUAUGGAAGGAUUGAUGAUGAUUCAAAUAUCAUUACACCAAAACAUGUGGCCAUCCUUGCUAAUUGGGUUCAAAAAAAACAUGCCAAUGCAAUAAUUCCAAAAAACCAUAAAUUUAAUAUGAAUCGUAUUUAUCGUGGAAGUAGAGACGGUUUUGACACCAAUGCUAUACGUAAGAACAAUAACACCGAUCGAGAUUUGAAUGACACACCUAGGGGUACUGAUUAUUGGGUUGAUAAUCGUGACUACUUCAUUUUUUCUAUGGGUAAAAGUAAUGAUUUAAGAAUCGUUAAGAUUAGUCGAGUUGAAAAUAGUGCUUAUGCAAUGUGUGAAUCGAAAAAUCAUAAUUUUUUGAACUUUGGUUAUAGCGAUUUGGUUGUUUAUAAGAAAAAAGGUAAAUGUCAACAAAAAUAUUAUGAAAGUAGAAUUUUAGAUAUUUCUGAAUUUGACAUCGAGGAAAUGGAAAUAUUCACAUUUUCUAUCCAAAAUUACUUUAUCAUAAGAAUGGUCGAUAGUAUUUUUAAAGCGGCAUUUUCUAAAUAG